AUGUAUAUCGUUCUUAGUAAACAUAUUGGAAAAAACGUCCAGGUUUAUAUGAAUGAUAUAAUAAUGGCGACAGAAACUAUUGAUCAGCAUUAUGAAAUAUUAAACGAUGUACUUUUAACUUUAGUUAGAUUUUGUUUGCAAAUAUCUCAAAGUAAAUCAGUUUUUCUACAAAGAUCUAUCAUAUUUUUAGGGUAUAAAAUUUUUGAUGGAAAAAUAUUUAUUGUAGAUGUCACAUACUCAACAAAUACACAUGAAACUGUUUGUGAUUUGUUUCAUACUAAACAUAAAAACAAUUAA